ACCCAGCGUGCGGAAACAGCCUAUCAUAUCCCCGGACGUCACCAGUAACAGGCAAACGGCCAAUCAUUCAGCAGCCUCCACUCCGGCUCUGCCUGAAAUACGCUGCUGUUUUAUUUUUGAUGGACACCGCGAGCAGCGAGCUGUGGUCGCCUCAGUGAUUCCCGGCCAUUCUAGUCAAUGUUUUAAACCCCACCGGCUCCGCCGCUGUCAGGUUCAGUGCGGGCCACCACUCGGCUGUUCUAUUUUUGACGGACACUGCAAGCAGCCUCGAGCUGGCUGAAGCCAGACACAUAAACAGAGAAUCCGGUGAAUUUUCAUAAUAAAAUACCCCGUGCGCUGGUCGUAAAAACAGACAAAAGCAAAACAAAUAAACUACGUAGCAUAUUCACACGUGUAGAAGCAUAUUUAGAAGCACAUGAAUUAAGAAACACAACCAAAUAUGAGCCAAACAAAGUCGGGCGGGAUGAACGCUUCGCUUCUGAAUCGUUUCCAGUGGGGAUUGAAGUUGCGCGCAGGACGGAAUUAAACAGCGUCGCAGCCACGACAUGACAUAGAUGUAUCCGGUAGGGUUUCGAGACAUCACAGCAGUUCAGCGAGCCAUUUCAUCUGCCAUCACUGAUGUUGAUGCUGUAUCGUUGAAGUCGAUUUAACCUUGUACUGGCAGUAUUUCCUUGCUGAUGGCAUGAUGCUGCUGUGUUUCUUCCGGUUCCAACGCAAUGUGCCUCUCACAGUGAGUCCUGACAGAGUGCAACACUCCAGCUCUGGCUCUGUCUCACUCACUCUUACAGAAUCAGAGGAACAGAGCGACGUGUCAGUGCUCGAUGUGAAGAUGGGGCACACUUUGCUCCGUGUGCUGGAGUUAUUCUUUCUGAAUACACUCCUCUACAUACAUGCUGAAGUCUACAACAAGGCCAGUUUGAACCGUGAACCCAGCUGGCCUCAGAUAUUCAGAGGUGAGACGAUCACUCUCAGAUGUCAAAUCGAGGGAGGUGGAGGCACUGAUUGGACGUAUGAAUGGACACCAGAGAGAUUAAACACACCAUCAACAAACAGUGAAUACAGGAUCAGCAGUGCUACUGAGUCUGACAGUGGAGACUACAAGUGUAAAGGUAGAAGGGACUCAUAUCCCUCAACAGAGUGGAGUAAUAUCAUCACAUUGACAGUAUCAUCAAAAAAACCUGAACCCAGACUGACAGCAGACAAAACCAUCAUACCAGUGAGGGGCACUGUGAGACUGACCUGUUCUGUGGAGGGCUCUGUUGGCUGGAAAUACGACUGGUUCAAACGUACAUCUGACUCCUCUGAAGCUCAGUCCAUAAGGAAUGGUGUACCACACAAAGUUAUCAAAGUCUCAGAAGGAGGUCUGUACCACUGCAGAGGAGGAAGAGGAGAUCCACUGUUCUACACAGAAGAAAGCAAUGAAGUUACCGUUCAGAAAAUUGUUUACAACAAGGCCAGUUUGACCCUUCAACCCAACUGGCCUCAGAUUUUCAGAGGUGAGACGAUCACUCUCAGAUGUCAGAUCCAGGGAGGUGGAGGCACUGAUUGGACGUAUGAAUGGACAUCAGACAGAUUAAACAGACAGUCAAUAAACAAUGAAUACAGGAUCAGCAGCGCUACUGAGUCUGACAGUGGAGAAUACAGGUGUAAAGGUAGAAGGGACUCAUAUUCCUCAACAGAGUGGAGUAAUCACGUCAUAUUGACAGUAUCAUCAAAAAAACCUGAACCCAGACUGACAGCAGACAAAGACAUCAUACCAGUGAGGGGCUCUGUGAGACUGACCUGUUCUGUGGAGGGCUCUGCUGACUGGAAAUACGACUGGUUCAACCGUACAUCUGACUCCUCUAAAGCUCAGUCCAUAAGGAAUGGUGUACCACACAAAGUUAUCUAUGUCUCAGAAGGAGGUCUGUACCACUGCAGAGGAGGAAGAGGAGAUCCACCGUUCUUCACAGAAGAAAGCAAUGAAGUUACCGUUCAGAAAACUGUUUCCAACAGGGUCAGUUUGACCCAUGAACCCAACUGGCCUCAAAUAUUCAGAGGUGAGACGAUCACUCUAAGAUGUCAGAUCGAGGGAGGUGGAGGCACUGGUUGGACGUAUGAAUGGAUACCAGACAGAUUAAACACACCACCAACAAACAAUGAAUACAGGAUCAGCAGUGCUACUGAGUCCGACAGUGGAGACUACAGGUGUAAAGGUAGAAGGGACUCAUAUUCCUCAACAGAGUGGAGUAAUCGCAUCACAUUGACAGUAUCAUCAAAAAAACCUGAACCCAGACUGACAGCAGACAAAAUACCAGUGAGGGGCACUGUGACACUGACCUGUUCUGUGGAGGGCUCUGCUGACUGGAAAUACGACUGGUUCAAACGUACAUCUGACUCCUCUGAAGCUCAGUCCAUAAGGAAUGGUGUACCACACAAAGUUAUCCGUGUCUCAGAAGGAGGUCUGUACCACUGCAGAGGAGGAAGAGGAGAUCCACCGUUCUUCACAGAAAAAAGCAAUGAAGUUACCGUUCAGAAAACUGUUUCCAGCAAGGCCAGUUUGACCCUUCAACCCAACUGGCCUCAGAUAUUCAAAGGUGAGACGAUCACUCUCAGAUGUCAGAUCGAGGGAGGUGGAGGCACUGAUUGGACGUAUGAAUGGAGACCAGACAGAUUAAACACACCAUCAACAAACAGUGAAUACAGGAUCAGCAGCGCUACUGAGUCUGACAGUGGAUACUACUGGUGUAAGGGUAAAAGGGGCUCAUAUUCCUCAACAGAGUGGAGUGAUAUCACCACAUUGACAGUAUCAUCAAACAGACCAAAGGCUGGACUGAGUGCUGGUGACAGAGACAUUCCAGUAGGGGGCAGUGUGACCCUGACCUGCUCUGUGAAGACAUCAUCACCUGGUUGGAAGUACUUCUGGUACAGAGGAGAGAAAACCUCUGAACCCCUGAACACACAAGAUGUUUUACUCUCAACUGGACAAUUCAGUGUCUCACAGGAAGGAGUCUACUGGUGCAGAGGAGGAAGAGGAGAGCCAGUUUACUACACAGAGUACAGUGAUUCAAUCAGAAUCAACAAAAAUGUUGUAAACAAGGCUGCUGUGACUCUGCAACCAAACUGGUCUGAAAUCUUCAGCGGAGAGACGAUCACUCUCAGAUGUGAGAUCAAGAAUGGAGGAGACACUGAGUGGGAGUAUGAAUGGAAAACAACCAGCUCAAGAAAACCUUCAAAUGAAAAUGAAGUCAGUAUUAGAUCUGUUUCUGGAUCUCACAGUGGAGACUACAGGUGUAAGGGCAGAAAGAAAAAUAAACAGUCAACAGACUGGAGUGAUCCCAUCAAACUGACAGUAUCAGACAAACUCUUUCCUGUCCUAACUGUGUCUCCAUUGUGGCUGAAUGCUGGAGACUCAGUAACUCUGAACUGUGAGGUUGAACAUCCAUCUGCAGGAUGGAGGUUCUACUGGUAUAAGUCUGUUCCCAAACUACCAGGCAACUCCUACAGCUUUGAGCUGCUACCUGGCAGCAGCAAUGGGACUGAACAGGAUUCCUACAUCGUUGAUGGACAGACUGGCACAGCACGAUAUGUGUGCAGAGCUGGAAGAGGAGACUCAGUGUAUUACACUGAGUACAGUGAACCUAAGCUUGUCUGGUCUAGAGAUUUUCAUUCAUCAGCGUCUCUCACAGUGAGUCCUGACAGAGUGCAACACUUCACCUCUGACUCUGUCUCACUGAACUGUGAGGGAAACUCUACUAAGUGGAGAGUGAUGAGACAUUAUGAAAACCGCUACCUGUCAUACUGCUCUUCCUGGGGGACAAUGACUGGAUCCACAUGCAACAUGUACACUUCCUGGCAGCGUGAUGGAGUGUUCUGGUGUGAGUCUGGAUCAGGAGAGUUCAGCAACGCAGUCAACAUCUCUGUACAAUAUAAAAACAUAAUCCUGGAGAGCCCUGUCCAUCCUGUGACUGAGGGAGAUCCUGUUAGUCUGAGCUGCAAACUGAGAACUGGCAUAUUUGAUUCCAAUGUGUUUUUCUAUCGUAAUGAUGAACUCAUUCAAAAUGAUACCAGAAAGGAGCUAAAUAUCUCUGCAGUGUCAAAGUCAGAUGAGGGCUUCUACAAGUGUCAGUACUCAGGAAAAGAGUCACCACAGAGUUGGAUGUCAGUUAAGGCAGUGUCCAGGCCUGAAAGCUCUUCAUUUUACGUCGGGUUGAUUAUUGGUCUGGUUUGUGGAAUCGUACUUCUUCUUCUUCUGUUCCUUUUGUAUCGCCACAGAUCGUCUAUCAAUUUGUGCGUCAUCAGGCAAAGUCAGUCUGAGAGAACCAAUCAGCGCUCUGACACAAAUCAAGUGGUUAACCAGAAUGAGGCUCAAGGUGGAGUAUACUCCACUUUUCUCCAUGAUGCAGAUGGAUCUCAAGAUGUCACAUACUCUGUCAUUGAACUUAAAAACAUCAGAAAAAACUGGAAGCAACAUGAACAAGAGGAGACCUCUGUUUACUCCAAUGUAAAGAUACAAAGUGCAGACGACAAUCAGAUAUAUGCGCAAGUAAACCACCACAAUAAAGGCAAAGCCAGCAAGAACAAAGGAAAACCACGUGCUGCAACUGAUGAAACAGUUUAUUCUGAAGUUAAAACAGGAACAGCUCUUGCACUGAGUAUACUUUUCUACUGUGGAUGUGCGCAAGAUUUUGUGCUGACCGUUGAGCCAAACUGGUCCACUUUGUUUACCGGAGAGUCGGUGACACUCAUAUGUGACAUGAGGGAAGAAGAAGGCACUGACUGGCAUUACACAAUUUUGAAGGAUGGUCAAGAAUAUUUCUACACCGCCCCGAAAAUGAGCUAUACAUUACCACUUUUAACUACGGGAUAUAGCGGUGAAUACCAGUGCUUUGGUCGUCACAAGAGCCGAGCAUAUUACCAGAAAAGAAGUAAUAAAGUCUCUCUAACUGUAUCAGCCAAUGAUGUGAUUCUGGAAAAUCCUGCAUCCACUUUGUAUGAGGGCGAAUCAGUGACUCUCCGCUGUAGGCAUCGGACUCAGACAAAAAAGAGGAACGCUUCCUUCUACAAAGACGGAUCACUUAUUGAAAUGGACACAAACAAACAGUGGCAGAUAAUAUCAGAAAAUGCAGUCAAAAUUACCAUUCAACCACUGUCAGAUGGGAGCUCUUACAUGUGUAAAUUUGAUGAAGACAAGGAAUCGCAACCAAUAAAACUGAAAAUGGAAGCAAACAGACCAAAAACUGAACUGAGAAUAGACAACAGAGAAAUUCCAGUAAGAGGCAGUGUGACCCUGACCUGCUCUGUGAAGACAUCAUCAUCUGGUUGGAAGUACUUCUGGUACAGAGGAGAAAAUACCUCUGAGCCCCUGACCACACAAGAUGUUGUCUUCCUCUCAAAUGAAACAAUCCGUGUUUCAAAGGGAGGAGUCUACAGGUGCAGAGGAGGAAGAGGAAACCCAGUUUACUACACUGAGUACAGUCAUCCAAUUGCCACGAACAGGCCUGUUGUGACUUUGCAACCCAGCUGGCCGAAGAUAUACUAUGGAGAGAUGAUCACUCUUAGAUGUGAAAUUGAGAACGGAGAAGACACUGAGUGGAAAUAUGAAUGGUCAAUGUCCAGCUUUUACACACAUAAAAAGCAAAAUGAAAAUAUGAUCAGGUUUGCUCAGACAUCACAAACUGGACAAUACAUGUGUUUGGGAAGAACAGAAAGUGAAAUGUUGAUAACACAGUGGAGUGACACUUUCAUAUUGACACUAACUGAGAAAAAACCCAAGUCUGUCCUCACUGUGUCUCCAUUGUGGCUGAAUGCUGGAGACUCAGUUACUCUGAACUGUGAGGUUGAACAUCCAUCUGCAGGAUGGAGGUUCUACUGGUAUAAGGCUGUUCCCAAACUACAAAACAAUGUCUACAGCUUGGAGCUGCUACCUGGCAGCAGCAAUGGGACUGAACAGGAUUCCUACAUCGUUCAUGGACAGACUGGCACAGCAGGAUAUGUGUGCAGAGCUGGAAGAGGAGACUCAGUGUAUUACACUCAGUACAAUCAACCUAAGUUUGUCUGGUCUGGAGAUUUUCAUUCAUCAACGUCUCUCACAGUGAGUCCUGACAGAGUGCAACACUUCACCUCUGACUCUGUCUCACUGAACUGUGAGGGAAACUCUACUAAUUGGAGAGUGAUGAGGUUUACUGGGAACAGCUAUCCAUUACAAUGUUCUUUCUGGGGAACAAUGACUGGAUCCACAUGCAACAUACACACUUCCUUGCAGUGUGAUGCAGUGUACUGGUGUGAGUCUGCAUCAGGAGAGUUCAGCAACGCAGUCAACAUCUCUAUACAGUAUAAAAACAUUAUCCUGGUGAGCCCUGUCCGUCCUGUGACUGAGGGAGAUCCUGUUAGUCUGAGCUGCAAACUGAGAACUGGAAUAUUUGAUUCCAAUGUGUUUUUCUAUCGAAAUGAUGAACUCAUUCAAAAUGAUACCAGAAAGGAGCUAAAUAUCUCUGCAGUGUCAAAGUCAGAUGAGGGCUUCUACAAGUGUCAGUACUCAGGGAAAGAGUCAUCACAGAGUUGGAUGUCAGUUAAGGCAGUGUCCAGGCCUGAAAGCUCUUCAUUUCCUGUCCUGUUGAUUCUUGGACUGGUUUGUGGAAUUGUACUUCUUUUUCUUCUUCUGCUCCUUUUGUAUCACUUUAGACCAUUCAGAGAUUCAUGCUUCAGGCAAAUAAAGUCUGAGAACACCAAUCAGGACACUGACACAAAUCAUCCAGUCAACCAGAAUGAGGCUCAACAUGAUGAAUACUCCUCUCCCUUCCAUGAUUCGGGUGGAUCUCAGGAUGUCACAUAUUCUUUGAUUGAGCUAAAAAACAGAAAAAAAGAGAAGGAACAUGAACCAGAGGAGAGCUCUGUUUAUGCCAAUGUGAAGACAGGAACUGAAGACGAUAAUCUGAUGUAUGCGCAAGUAAACUGCCACAACAAAGGCAAAGCCAGCAAAAACAAAGGAAAAUCACGUCCUGCAGCAACUGAUGAAACUGUUUAUUCUGAAGUUAAAGUAGGAUCAGCUCUUGGUCUGUAAAGAAAGCAGUAUCAACAAAGCAAAAUGAAUGACAGCAGUUCAUUAAAUAAUUGUUCCUGCUUUGCUUGCACGUUUGUUAUCCAAAAUGUCAGACCUACUCAGGAGUAUUUUUUUUUUAUUCUCUAGUUUUUAUUAUUAUGUUGUAUGAUGUUUUUGUUGUAGUACCCAUGUGAUAGCAGCUAAUGUGUAUUUUAUUUACUACUGAACAGAUUUGAUAUUUUUUGUACUUAUGCAUUAGUAAACUAUUUUUCCAGCAAUAAGGUGUCAGUUGAGUUUUUAUUGCUUUUUUGGCUGGACAGCCAAACUAGAGGACAUCCCACAGAACAGCCUUCUUCUGACAAUAUCAAGCUUGACAAAAG